AUGCCCGCCGAGUUCCUUGCCAAGAACCCUCCCCCGCUCUGGCUCACUCUCUACCACAUUGUCACCCGCCUCCCUGACUCUCUGCGUGCAGUCAGGGAUUCCUUCCUAGCUCGCUGCCCUACUGAGCUCACCAUUGCCCUCCUCGAGAAGGAACUGCUUGCAGCUGAGGCUAGCAUAGUCGCUGUAGGUGCCUCUCGUGGUGACCCCCGCACCCCGUUCUUUGAGGGGUGUUCUCCUUCCCCCCUUCUUCCCUCUGUCGCCUCUGCUGCUGCUGUCGACCUCCUUGGUGCUGAGAAGGUCGGGACUGCGUCUGCUUCGAGCGGACGCCGCAGCGGCAAGGGCAAAGGGGGCAAGGGAGGCGGAGGUGACGGUGGGGGAGGAGGUGGUGGGGGCGGUGGCGGCGGUGGGGGUGGUGGCGGGGCUGGAGGGGCGAGUGGCGGCGGUGGAGGUGGUGGCGGCAGUGGCGGGGGAGGUGGAAGGGGCGGGGGCGGUGGUGGGGGUGGCGGUGGACGCGGCGGCGGCAGGGGUUGGGGUGGUCGAGGAGGUGGGGGCGGAGGUGGUGGUCGUGGAGGCGCUGGCGGCGGUUCGAGCCAGCAGCACACUCCGUCGCCCCAGGAGGUCCGUGAGUGGUACGCUCAGCACGGAAGGGGGGGGGGGGGGGGGGGUGGCUUUAGCCAGUGCACUUACGUCAUUCGCACUGGUGACCGCACUGGUCAGCCGUGUGGGGGACCGCACGCCACGCAGCGCUGCUUCGCUCGCCUCAACGACGCUUGGCGUGUUCAGUUCCCUCAGGCCACUGAGCUGCCCCGCUGGGUUGAUCUCCUGAAGAAGGGGAUUGAUAUCUAUGCUCUAGACUUUGAUGCUAUUCUCACUGCCAUGUAUGUGAUGUCUACUAGUGGAGAGGGUGCUGAGUACCUGUGUGUUCCGCCCGACCCGGGCAUUAGGGCUAGUGCGUCUGCCGCUUCAGGUACUCGCGUGUCUGCUACCCCAGGUGCUGGUGCGGCUGCUGCUCUAGGUGCUUGUGCGUCUGCGCCCCCUGGUACUGAGUCGACGGAGGCACUAGACACCUUCACACUGGACUCUGGUGCUUCUCGCUGUUUCUUUCGUGACCGCACUGUCCUUGAGCCACUUGCUCGGCCAGUUGCUGUCUCCCUCGCUGACCCCUCUGGGGGCCCGGUCGUUGCGACCUCCUCCACUGUCCUUCCCUGUCCUGCGGUCCCGUCAGGCACACUGUCCGGUCUCCACCUCCCCUCGUUCUCUACGAACCUGGUGGCAGGGUGUGCGCUCCAGGACGCGGGUGUUCACCAGUUCACCCCUGCCUACGAGCGCGUGACACACUGCACGUGUGCUCGUACGGGCCGCCACUUGGCUACCUUCACUAGGCAGCCGGGGUCGGACCUGUACACACUCACCACUGAGUCCCCUCAGGUAGCUGCGUCUACGUCUGCGUCAGGUCAGCUGUCCGCCCCCUGCUCGUGUCGCUCUCUGGCGCACGAGACUGUCCUCUGGCACCACCGACUUGGCCACCCGUCUGUGCAGCGCCUUCGUGCCAUGCACUCCCGGUACCUUGUCUCUGGUCUUCCCAGGGUUCUCCCUCCCCUCCCACCCUCACCUGCUCCUCCCUGUCUUCCCUGUGUCGAGGGGCGGCAGCGCGCCGCUCCUCACUCCUCCUCGUUUCCCCCGACGACUGCUCCCUUGCAGACGCUCCACAUGGACGUGUGGGGCCCAGCCCGCGUUCGUGGUCAGGGUCAGGAGAGGUACUUCCUGAUAGUUGUUGACGACUACUCGCGCUACACCACGGUCUUCCCCUUGCGCACCAAGGGUGAGGUCCCUGAUGUUUUGAUCCCUUGGAUCCGCAGAGCUCGUCUCCAGCUCAGCGAGCGUUUCCACUCGGACUUUCUUGUCCUGCGCUUGCACUCUGACAGAGGCGGUGAGUUCUCCUCCGACCUCUUGGCAGCCUACUGUGCUGAGCACGGCAUUGAGCAGUCGUUCACGCUUCCGGCCUCUCCACAGCAUAAUGGGGUUGCGGAGCGCCGCAUUGGCCUAGUCAUGGAGGUCGCUCGUACCUCCCUGAUCCAUGCGGCUGCCCCCCACUUUCUGUGGCCGUUUGCGGUCCAGUACGCUGCGCAUCAGCUCAACCUCUGGCCCCGUGUCUCCAUGCCGGAGACCUCGCCCACACUGCUGUGGACGGGGGAGGUUGGCAAUGCGUCGCGUUUCCGGGUCUGGGGAUCUCGAGCUUUUGUCCGCGAUACGUCCACGGACAAGCUCUCCUCCCGCGCUGUUCCCUGCGUCUUCCUUGGCUUUGUCCCUGACGCGUCUGGUUGGCAGUUUUACCACGCCACCUCGCGCCGGGUCCUCCCCUCUCAGGACGUCACUUUUGACGAGUCCGUCCCCUACUACCGCCUCUUCCCCUACCGCACUGCCCCGCUCCCCCCCCCGCCUCUCUUCCUCGCACCAGGUGCUGCUGUGGUAGACCCCCUCCCCCCUCAGGGUGCCGCUCCCUCAGGUGUGUCCCAGGUAGACCCGGUUGAGCCUGUUGAGGUAGCUGUUGACUCUCGCCCUGCUGCGGGUGCGGGACCUGGGGGUGCUGCGUCUGGGGGUGCUGAGCCUGGGGGUGCUGAGUCUGAGGGUGCUGAGCCUGGGGGUGCUAAGCCUGGGGGUGCUGAGCCUGGGGGUGCUGAGCCUGGGGGUGCUGAGCCUGGGAGUGCUGAGCCUGAGGGUACUGAGCCUGGGGGUGCUGAGCCUGGGGGUGCUGAGACGCGGAGUCCGGUGUCUGGGGGUUCUGAGUCUGGGGGUGCUGAGCCUGGGAGUCCUACACCUGGAGGAGCUCUCUCCUCGGAGCAGCUGCGUGAGUGGUACUCAGAGUACUGCAGCCUCAGGAGAGGUGCCUCUGGAGCCCGGGGCUCUACUGGGACAGGUGCUGGUGCUUUCCCCCCUCAGCGGGAGCUGCCCUCUCUUGAGCGGAUCCGUGAGUGGUACGAGCGGCGCUGCACUCUCCGAAGUGGCGCACCUGGUGUCGUGGACCCUGGAGCUGCUGGAGGUGCUGCUGCUGGUGCUGCGGACCCUGGCGUUGGAGCUGCUGCUGGUGCUGCGGACCCUGGAGUUCGAGCUGCUGCUGGUGCCACGGACCCUGACGUUGGAGCUGCUGCUGGUGCUGCGGACCCGGGCGUUGGCGCUGCUGCUGGUGCUGCGGACCCUGGAGUUGGAGCUGCUGCUGGUGCUGCGGACCCUGACGCUGGAUCUGCUGCUAGUGCUGCGGACCCUGGAGUUGGAGCUGCUGCUGGUGCUGCGGACCCUGGGGUUGGAGCUGCUGCCGGUGCUGCGGACCCUGCCGUUGGAGCUACUGCUGGUGCUGCGGACCCUGGAGUUGGAGCUGCUGCUGGUGCUGCGGACCCUGACGUUGGAGCUGCUGCUGGUGGCGCUGCGCGGCCCCGGCCGUACUUCGUUCCGCUCCUUCAGCAGGUUCUUGGUCAGCCUCCUCCUCCUUGUCCUGCUCCCUCCUUAGAGUGUCCACCGCCUGUCCAGUCACAGUCACAGUUACCGCCUGCCUCGCCGCUCCCUGGUCCUUCUCCUUACACUGGUCCCACAGGAGGUCUUACGGAGCGUCGUGAGCCUGAGUCUCGUCCUGCGUCGCCUGUUCGUGCUGCUCGCACUGGUCGUCGUGUCCCGCGUGAGCGUCCUCCUCCUGUCCCUGGCACUCACUACAUGACUCUGCGUCCCUCCACUGCUCCUCAGCGUGUCCCUUUGCCGUCUCCUCCUGCGUCCUCUCUUCCUACUCUUUCUGACCCGGAGUCUGACUCCCUUCGUGCUGCCCGUCCUACUGUCACGCGUCUACUCGCUACUGUUGUCACUGACCCUGCCUUUGAGUCCUCUGCUGCGUCUGCUCUCGUCGCUGAGUUAGUUGACUUUGCUGCCGCUUGUCGUCUAGACUACGCCGCUAGCCUAGUUGCUGAGUCUGAGUCAGUCUGUCCUCCGUCCGUCGGGGGUGAGUGUGCUCUUGGCACAGACGUCCUUGAGGACAGGCAGGAGGAGUUCCAGUGCUUUGCUGCUGCUUUGCCUCAUCUCGUGUCCUUGCUAGUUGCCCCUGAGGGAGACCCGGAUGCACCAGACAUCCCGACCCCGCGCUCUUACGCAGAGGCGAUAGCGGGUCCCUACUCCUCUCAGUGGCAGACAGCCAUGGACGCAGAGAUGGCUUCCUGGAAGUCCACAGGCACCUACGUCGACGCAGUUCCCCCACCAGGGGCGAACAUCGUCAGUGGCAUGUGGAUUUUCAGGGUGAAGCGGCCGCCGGGUUCUCCGCCUGUCUUCAAGGCGCGUUACGUGGCUCGAGGCUUCAGUCAGCGUGAGGGAGUCGACUUCUUCCAGACCUUCUCCCCCACCCCGAAGAUGACCACUCUUCGGGUGCUGCUGCACAUAGCCGCUCAGCGCGACUACGAGCUUCACUCUCUUGACUUCAGCACUGCUUUCUUGCAGGGUAGCCUGCACGAGGAGAUCUGGCUGCGCCGCCCUCCUGGCUUCACUGGGACUUUUCCUCCUGGCACCCAGUGGAGCCUCCGGCGGCCGGUCUACGGUCUCCGCCAGGCACCACGUGAGUGGCACGACACACUGAGGAUGACACUUGCGGCACUUGGGUUCGCGCCUUCUACUGCUGACCCGUCGCUGUUUCUGCGCACAGACACUUCGCUGCCGCCGUUCUACAUCCUCGUGUACGUCGACGACUUGGUCUUUGCCACUGCUGACACUCAGGCUCUCGCCCACGUGAAGUCGGAGCUGCAGAAGAGACACACGUGCACAGACCUGGGUGAACUGACAAGCUAUCUUGGCUUGCGGAUCACCCGGGACAGAGCACGGCGCACCAUUACCCUGACUCAGUCGCACAUGGUGCAGCAGGUCCUUCAGCGCUUCGGCUUCACGUACUCCUCGCCUCAGUCCACUCCUCUGCCUACCGGUCACUCGCUCUCAGCUCUGCCUUCGGAUGAGUCCGUAGAGCCGAGUGGCCCGUAUCCAGAGCUUGUGGACUGCCUCAUGUACCUGAUGACCUGCACUCGACCUGACCUUGCAUACCCUCUUAGCAUCCUUGCACGCUAUGUCGCUCCUGGCCGUCACCGGAAGGAGCACAUGGAUGCCGCUAAGAGGGUGUUGCGCUACUUGUGCAGUACGUCGGGCAUGGGGCUAGUGCUUGGAGGGCGAGACCGAGUUGUUCUCACUGGGCACUCAGACGCUUCUUGGGCGGACGACCAGGCUACUCAGCGGUUGUCUCAGGGUUACACCUUCAGCCUUGGCUCUGGUUCAGUUUCUUGGCGUUCUACACGUUCUUCUUCAGUUCUCAGCUCCAGUUGUGAGGCUGAGAUCUACGCCACAGCCAUGGCAGCCCAGGAGCUACGCUGGCUCACCUACCUGCUGACCGACUUGGGAGAGCGGCCUCGUUCUCCUCCAGUGCUGUAUGUCGACAACAAGGCUGCCAUUGCCUUGUGUCACGAGCACAGACUGGAGCACAGAACGAAGCACAUCGCUCUGCGGUACUUUCUGGCUCGUGAGCUGCAACAGCGGGGUCAGCUUUGUCUGCGUUACGUGGCCACUCAGGCCAACACUGCUGAUGUGUUCACCAAGGCGCUUCAGCCUUGUGACCAUCAGCGUUUCUGUACUCUUCUAGGCCUUGUGCCUACUGGACCUCACUUGCUUACUUCUUGA